AGCUUCGUCGUGGUUUCGGUUGAGCAUUCUUGGCAACGUCUCGCUCGGUGAACAGGCAGUCGACCGUCGGCUACAACGGGUGUUUCCAAAAUGUCUGGAGAUUUAUGUUGACGGAAUAGGAGCCGAACGGGAAACACCGGAGCAGCGUUAGGCAAGAGUAAAAAACUGAGCCUCCCCUUCCUGCACUGUGACAUCAAACCUCACAUGCCUCACCUGCAUACUGCACAGCUGAAGGCACAAGAUCUGCAUUAGACUGAAAAUAAUAAAGAAGAAGACGACCGGUCCUGACUCAAACUGGUCCUCAAUGGACCAGUGAAAUCUUUCCCCACCCUGCCAAUUAAAAGCAAUGUAUUUGGGCGCUGUAGGCUGUAGCACCGUCAGCAGAGAGUGUGUGGGGCCCCUCCUCUCCCUCUUUCCCAGCACCCCUCGUGACAUGGGAUGCCAGCCCCCUGCCUCCCUGCCCUGAGCUCUCCUGGGGCGCCAUGAACAGCUACAGAGACAGAGGGGUCACCUGCACCUCCUCAGACCUCCUGGAUGGAGGAGGAGGGUUUCCCCAGCACAAUGCGUUCCGUCACACGCCCAAUGGCCACCCGGCUCCUGGCCCCACAGACCCAGCCAUCCAACCACGCGUUUCUGUGCCCAAAAUGGGUGUUCGGGCGCGGAUUGCAGAAUGGCCCCCACGCCGUGCGCAGUCCAGGGAGUCACUACUAGAAAAUGGGCAAAUUGUCAGCAUUCACCACGGAGAUGACUGCUCCACUUCAGUUUCCUCAUCGGUUUUGUCAUCUGACAUCGGGCUGGUGCGGGGAGGGGUUGCCAGGUUGCCACGACGACGGUCGAAGGAUGUAGAGUUUAGAGGAGGAGGGUUUGGCGUUGAAAGAUGUUCACCAUUUAGCCUGAGAGUGUACCCACCACUGAGACAGCGCUCAAACAGCGAGGUUACGCUGAGCGAACAGGACGAAAAUGAGGUGGAGGUUCGUGGAGGUGUCGGGAUGGGAAACCUGUUCAGAGAGUAUGGCAGCACCUCCUCCAUCGACAUCCAGGGCAUUCCUGAGCAGAGCUUUUUUGACAUGCUCAGCCAGUUCCACCAGGAGAGGCCUGACCAGCGCAGCUCAGCACCCAUACACCUCGGGGAGCUGCUGCGCGCUCCAGACUCGCCACCAAGCGCACCUCUCCCCUCUGCCCCCUCACCUGGUCCCACAGGUGGGGAAGUAAUAGGGACAGGAAGGAAAGACGGAGCUGAGAGAGUGAGGAAGAAAAGUGGAGGGACGGAGUCGUCACUGGGCACCUCCUCUUUGUUCAGGAAACUUAGGAGCUCUAGUCGCAAUGAGCUGGAUGGAGGGAAAGGAGAAACAACAGAGGACGGGGGAGGCCGGGGUUCAGCAGAAGCCUCCUACAAACCGUGGGUAUGUCCUAAGAGCUUUGUCCACUUCGAUGCUCAGAGCAUCCUGUUUGACCUCCACGAGGCAGCGGCUCAGCGGGGCUACGCCGCCCAGAGGAGGAACACCGCCACGGGGGCAUCAGCUGCAUCAGUGUCCCUGUCGGUCUCCAGAUCCUCGGCUCCAAGUGUGAACGACCCAGUUUACUCCAGCAUAGAGGAUCUCACCCUGAGCCUCGACCCCAGCUCCAUGACACCCUCCCUGGGUGUGGACCUAUUGGACGGGCCUCAUGGAGCCCACAGCUCGAGCCCACUGCUCCUCUGCUGCCCCCACUUCCUCAAUGAGACUGGAGGCCACGGGGAGCGCAAUAUCAGCUUCCUCAGCUCGUCAGCAGAGCGAGACGGAGGAGGAGACGGAGCGAGGGGUUGGCUCAGGAGGAGUAACGCCAGCGUCUCAGUGCUGGAGGUGCCUAUUGAACAGCAGGUUACAAGACUGGACCGACUGAAACUGUACGGCAUAGAGCAUGUAGAUCUGGGGGCCAGGUACUACAGAGACUACUUCCAUGGGAAAGAGCACUCAAACUACUUUGGGACAGAGGAUAAGCUGGGCGCUGUGGCCGUGAGCAUCCGCAGGGAGAAACUGGAAGACACCAAAGACCUGAAAGACCAGUACCAGUACCGCCUUAUCGUCCGAACAAGCGAGCUUGUGACCCUGCGAGGCUCCAUUUUAGAGGAUGCGGUGGCGUCUACGGGGAGGCAUGGCACGGUGCGGGGUCUGCCGCUCAAGGAAGUCCUGGAGCAGGUCAUCCCCGAGCUCAACGUCUCCUGUUUGAGACUGGCGCUCAGCACACCCAAAGUCACAGAGCAACUGCUCAAACUGGACGAACAGGGGUUGAGUCAGAAGCACAAGGUGGGUGUUCUGCUGUGCCGUGCGGGCCAGAGCACAGAGGAGGAGAUGUACAACAACGAGGAGGCGUCACCCGCCUUCUCUGCCUUCCUGGAGCUGCUUGGGGAGCAGGUGCUUCUCAAAGGAUUCACCAAAUACGCUGCGCAGCUCGACACAAAGACGGACUCCACGGGCACCCACUCCCUGUACACCACCUACCAGGGCUACGAGGUCAUGUUCCACGUGUCUACCAUGCUGCCGUACAUGCCCAACAACCCACAGCAGCUUCUGAGAAAGAGGCACAUAGGGAACGACAUUGUCACUAUAAUCUUUCAGGAGCCGGGAGCAUUGCCUUUCACCCCGCAGAAUAUUCGCUCACACUUCCAGCACGUCUUUGUUAUUGUCCGUGUGCACAACCCCUGCUCUGAAGGCACAUGUUACAGUGUUGCUGUGACAAGAAUGAAGGAUGUUCCUCCCUUCGGCCCACCCAUCCCCAGCGGCGUCACCUUCCGUGACCCAGAAACCUUUCGUAACUUCCUUCUAGCCAAAGUUAUCAAUGCAGAAACUGCAGCGCACAAGUCAGAAAAGUUCCACACUAUGGCGACACGAACGCGGCAGGAGUACCUGCGUGACCUGGCUGAGAACUACGUCAGCAGCACUCCGCUCGACUCAGCUGGCAAGCUUAACAACCUCAUCUCCCUCGCAUCUAAAAAACGGGAGCGCUCCAAGGCGAGAGAGGGAGCGGAGUUGGGAGCUGCGGGGGCCGUCGCCUGGAGAGUCCAGGCCCAGGACUUCAGUGGAGGUGGGACAGAGCUCCCCUGUGCCUUGGGUUUGUCAGCUGAAUAUGUCCUCCUGACAGACUGCUCCACCAAAGAGGUGGUGUUCAACUGUUUCUGUGCGGAUGUGAUCGGCUGGACACCGGAGCGGCUGGCGCUGAAGAUCUUCUACGGCAGAGGAGACCACAUCGCUGUGCGGGUACCAGAGGGCUGUGCACCAGACAUCAGAGAGAUGGUGCAGAGGUUAAAGUCGUUGACAGUGGGGUGUGAGACCGUGGAUAUGACUCUGAGAAGAAACGGACUGGGACAACUGGGCUUCCAUGUUCGCCUGGACGGCACUGUGGCUGAGGUGGAGGAAUACGGUUUUGCCUGGCAGGCGGGACUGAGACAGGGCAGUCGGUUGGUGGAGAUCUGCAAGGUUGCUGCAGUGACGCUGACUCACGAGCAGAUGAUCGACCUCCUGAGGACGUCGGUCACGGUCAAAGUCGUCAUCAUUCCUCCGUACGAAGAGGGGGGGCCUCGCAGGGGCUGCACAGAGGAGUAUGAGAUGAAGACCAUGGAGCAGAAGCCAGAACCUGAGCCUCUGGCAGCAGGCUAUCGACCCUCCCCUCGCCCAACGUGGCGAUGGGACAGCCCACCCAUUCCUCCAGGGCUCCACAGUGCCCCCAACCCGCAGCGCUGGGCCCCCAUGGGUCCCCCACCUCCUCCACUGCCCCGCUCACACAAGACCCUGAUGCCUGUUCCCUACAGGGAGCCCCAGCACCUCAACUCUAAGAGGCCAGUGAGCUACCCAGAGAACCACUACAGUCUGUCUCCUGCAGUAGGCGACAGAAUGCUACCCUACAGAAACCCCUCAGCCAGCUUCUCCUCACCCUCCUCAGGCCUGGUCGGCCUCUCCACCAUGGGGCCACCUGGGAUCACACCAGGCCCCUUUGUACGCUACAAACCCUCCCCCGACAGAUAUGGAGCAGGACAGCGCCCCCUGCUGCCUUAUGAGCCCCACCUCAGUGUGGACAUCAACUCAAGCGGAGAGUCUUCCUCAGGCUUCACCAGUCAGGACAGCACCAUGGAGCGCUGCAAAACAGAACCCCUCUGGCAUGUCCCAGCGACGUCUCGGGGACCAGGUGGUGGAGGAGGGCAGAGGAGACUAACCAGACAGGAUGUCCCUGGGAAAGACUCUCCAAACAGACACUCGAAGGGCGAGACUCAGUACUCCAGCCACUCCAGCAGUAACACUCUGUCCAGUAACGCCUCCAGCAGCCACAGCGACGAGCGCUGGUUCGACGGAGGAGCUGGAGGAGAGCGAGGAGGCGGGGGUUGCCUCGGCGACCCAGCCGACCCUGACCCCGACCUUCUCAAUAAGGGGGGGUCUAACGACAGCGGCAUUGACGCCUCGACCCACUACAACAACAAUCGCCCCGGAAACAUGUCCAACAGCCAGUCCCAUAAGCCCAUGCACUCCUUUGCGGCCUACAGCGGCAUCCCAGAGCUGUCCGUGGGAAGGAGCAGCGGCAGCAGCGGAGAAGCGAGGAGACGAGAGUCUUCACCCAUCAUACCAGCUGCAGCCAAUCAGAACAAAGGGUACCGGACCAGGACAUUCCCGCCUCCGGGCUCCAGCACUGAUAAAAUGGAUGCUUUCAAACCCAGGGCAUACACACCGCAAGGUUACAGGACUCCGACAGCUGAGAAAGCCCGGCCCGUCCGAGCCGCUACGACAACACCCACUUCAGCUCAGUUAAGCUCUGUCCCUUUGUCCAGCUCCGCCCCCAAGGCCUUUUAUGGGAAGAGCAGACACUCAGCCUGGCAGAACGGCGACACCAGCCCGUCCCCUUUAAACGUAACCACGACAUCCAGCUCUGACAGCAGCAACAGCAAGAAGCAGGUGGAUACAAACUCAAAAAACGUGUUUGGACAACCUCGGCUCCGAGCCUCGCUGAGGGACCUGCGUUCUCCCCGACGGACAUACAAAAGCACCAUUGAAGACGACCUAAAGAAACUGAUCAUCAUGGACAACCCGGGAGAGGCGCCACAAAGAGAUCCAUCUCCCAGGCGAACCUUGCAGCGCACCUUUUCAGAUGAGUCGCUGUGCAGCGGGCGCAGAGAGGCCAGCUUCGCCAACUCUGAGAAGCCGACGACGCCCACUGACGUACUGUUCACCUGCACACUGCCCACACGCAGACACGCCGUCUCCUCCAACCACAUGCAGAGCAAGAAGGUGCCUCUGUCUGCCUCAGAGCUGUCUCUCACAGAAGUUAGAGACAAAGUUCCCCCCCUGAGGAGGCUCGAUCCCGGGCUGAUGCCUCUUCCUGACACAGCCUGUGGACUCGAGUGGUCCAGCCUGGUCAACGCUGCUAAAGCCUACGAAGGUGAGGAUGGAGGCACAUCAGGAUUAGCUCAAAGAGCAGUUUCCCUCUUCUCACUGACCGAGCCGCAGGUUGGAGGUCCAGACAUGAGACCAGUGGUCAGUCCAGUCCAGUUUCAGACUCCUCAGACACCACGGACCACACCGACCUUCAGCGGCGACGAGGUGCCCAACGAUUUGUCUGGCCGGCUCUACCACCUGGAGGUGAUGUUAAAACAGCUGAACACUGAUCUGGAGAAAGAGAAGCUGGAUAAAGUCGUUCUGCUGGCAGAGAUGGCCAACCUGAGAGAGAAUAACCAGCGCCUGCAGGAGGAGAGCCACACAGCCAGCGAGCAGCUGCGCAAGUUCAACAGGCUUUUUACUAACAGUGACAAGACAGACAGUGACCACGAGGCUCACUCCUUAACACACGAGACUGACUCAAAGAGGGAGUGAUGCCGUCAGGAGAAGCUGAAGAGAUUCAGGCCACAGAGGGAGGGUGACUGUGAGAGUACCCAUGAUUCCUUGCACACACAGAGCGGCGGCAGAGGUCACAAUGAUGUUACCUCACUUAGCUUCCACUGGACUGCCUUAAACCGUAGAGAGAGCAAGAAAACAGACAAAUAAUUUUUAAGAUGCAACACUCCCCAGAAAGUCUCACCAAGCCUGCGCACAGACAGAGACCUUCCCUCUCUAUUCUUUGAGCCUGUUUAUUUUUAUAAACUGAAGUCUUAUACCUGUCAUAAAUAUAUAUAUAUAAAUACAUAUGCUAUGCCAGACGAGCGAGUAGGAGAGGAAACUGUUUUAGAGAACACUACAUCACCUGGAGAGGCCUAAUACUGUUCCUGCAGCGAUGUCAGCCAAAAAAAAAAAAAGACUCAUUACAGACUGCAUCUCCCAGAAUGCACUAGAAGUAAUGGAAGCUCUACAGACAUGGUACUGUAGAUAGAUGCCUGUGUGGUACAAUUCUCAUGUAUCAAUAUUACCUAUAUUGUACUGAUAUUGACGUACUAAAGAGGUGUGUGUGUGUGUGUGUGUGUGUGUGUGUGUGUGUGUGUGUGUGUGUGUGUGUGUGUGUGUGUGUGUGUGUGUGUGUGAGAGAUGGUACUGCGAAUACUCAGAAGCAUUAUGGCACAACAGUGCGACACACGCAUCUGUGCUCAAGGCAAGAUGCCUUUUAUUACCCUUUGGUGUGAGAGAGAGAGAGAGAGGUUGAAUGGAAUGGUCUGCUAUUGGACGUUUUGAGUGAUGAACAAACUACUUUACUUCAAAAAGAAAACUUGUGGGCCACAAUAUUCUUCUUUCCUCCGUUUACGUGGAUGAACCUGUGGCCCUUUAGAUGUGAAACAAGCCAUCAGCGUGUUGAGCGAGUGUAAAUGGUCGAUGUCAUGAAGCUCAGUGAUAUUACUAGUGAAAUAUCUCUAAUGUGGUGCAUUGUUUUGAAGUUAAUUUUCACUGUUUUCAGCAGUGCCGUAUCAUCUCAGAUCUAAACGUACUGGACGAUUAUUUCGUAUUUUCGUCGUUAUCACAGUAUGUCUUAAAAAAAAAAUCAUCUUUUUUUCUAAUAUUUAAAGCCGUAGUUGUGCACAUUUUGUAUUCGCUUUGUGGCGAAGACUUUCCAUUAAAUAUAGGCUACAGCCAGCAAACGGUUAGAAGCUUAGCAUGACAGCUGGAUACAGAUGAAUGUUAACAGACUGCCUGGCAGCACCUCUAAAGCUCACUAAUCUACACAUUAUAUUUGAUUAGUCUAAUCCCGAACAAAAACCAAGUUGUAAAAAGGACAGGGUUUUUCAGUUUGUUUUUUGUUUUUUUGUAACUUCCAGGAGUAUCUGCUGGUUGCCUGGCAACUGGUCCUGGUGUGACACCAAUUCUUUUUUUUUUUCUUCUCGUUUUUAAAUACAAACAGUGCCCUCAUAGUAUUAAGAUAUAAAAAUGUGUUAAUUAGUGAGCUGAAGAGGGGCUGGUAAGUGGACUUGCCAUUAGACUGAGCCAGGCUGCUUCGAGUCUUUAUGCUAAGCUAACCAUCUGUUUGCUGUAGCCUCCUAUUUAACGGACAAACAUGUCAAUCUUGUCAUCCAACUCUCCACUAUAAAGUGAGUGACGGUAUUCCUCACAAUGUCAAACUAUUCUUAUGAUAACGUCUUCUUUGCAUACUAAUCCCAGCGAAGCUGCCACCACGAACUUCUGCUUAUAGAAAACAUUUACUGUACAUGAAACUCACUCGACGACACUGAAGCUCCUUCAUAUCAGAACCAGUCUGUCUGUGUGUAUGAGAGGACUUGUCCCUGUGUUCUGUGGUAUCCCUAAUGAACACAAAAGACAUGAUUUAUACUGCUAGCUUGCUUAACACUAUUGUCUACUAUAUCUAUUUUUCAUACAAAGACGAUGUGUGUGUUUUUGGACGCUGGUACUGAAUGGACAACACAUCCCUGCAGAGGGUGACUCUUCAUCUUCCUGCGUCAGUUUAGAUAUUGCCGAUUUCAAUUGUACUGAAUGGUCGUCUCCUGCUUUGCCCUGUAGGACAGCCACUUGUCUCUCAUCAAGAGGUUUCUUCCACGCUGUGACUGGAACUCUUGCAUUUUUAAAUCCUAACUCACUCAGGUUCCUCAAGAUGCUGUUAAUGACACUGAACCAUCAGUUAGGAGUGGGCGAUGUGACGCAUUGUAGCCUGAGACAAUGUCAAGUUGUGUUUUGCCAUACUGUUUAUACCAUUGUAGUUAUCCCUUUAAUAUCUCUGGGUGUAUUAGCCCAUUUUAGACAUAUUUGCAAAUCAAUUAGCAGGACUGUUUCAUGGCAAUCAUGAUUAUGAUUUAAGACUUUGUAUAAAGGUACUUAGUUGCUUGAUUUGCCUAAAACGGACAAAUAUGAACAGUUUCUCGAUUGAUUUUUCUUAAAGUCGACUAUAUUGAUAUUCAUACCUUCGUACAAAAUGACUUAUGCUGUGACAAAAGAUGUUCUCCAUAUCGCCCGCUCCUACUAUCAAAAAUAAAUACGUUUUUUUCAAUGACACAAGGGGGCAACGAGUGUUGCAGAAAACCUGCCAUUUCUUCCUGCUUUCAUGUUUCCACUUCCUUUAUUCCUCUGCAGCCAGUUAGAGUUUCAACUUGGGCUGUGGAACUUUGAUAACCAGUAACGUUUAUACCUAUUUGAACCUUUUUUGCUUGGAUUCAGACUUUCUCAUAAACAGAUUCAGUCUAUAAUAAGGUUCAGAUCUUCCUCAAAAACAAGCUGUUUUUACUUCCUGUUUGGACAUUUUUAGUUCAAGUGACACACUCCUGUUGUUCCUUCUUUAGGAAGUCCUUCAUUCAUUCAUGCAGCUUCGCAGGUGUAGCUGUGACCUUAGUAUCUGCAAGUCUCAUUGGUUUGCUUAUGUUAAAGGGGCAAUGUUUCUUUAUAUAUAUAUAUAUAUAUAUAUAUAUAUAUAUAUAUAAGUUUGAUAAUGUUAUGUAUAAUUUUAAGCUAUUUAUAGCAUACACAAUGAUCCCUGUUGAACAAAUUAAUAAUGCUUUAUGGUUAUUGGUAAUAUUGUAUACCUAGGUUUGUUUUUUAGAUGUUAAAUAUUUUGAUAAUUUAUUUUUUAAACACAUUCCCACUGUUGCAGACAAUAGUGAAGAUGAGAGGGUACUGUGUUUUUAUUUGUGUAUGCCGUACUACUUCUGAUCUCUGUACAAACUGAUUUGUAUGAUCCCUCGUUGUUUUCUGGCUUCUUUUCCCGUUUGUGCGUCGGUGCUUUCUGCAUGUGGCAGGGGUACAGGAUGCAUAGACUAAACGUUUUCUUUGGGUUGUAAUAACUUGUACAUUUAAAAGUGUAAAUUAUGUUUUCAUUAUUUUAUAAAAAAAAAAUAUAUUAAAAAUGAUUAUCAGAA